AUGACCUACGCUGACCGCAUAAGUGAAAUAUUGGUAGACUCAAGCGAGAGAAUAGAACACAUAGUAUUCGGCUCGUGUUGUGUGUUGACACUGUGCGUUUUUUUGUUCGUGGUCGUGAAAAUGCUCAUAUCGCCAACAAGGCCGCCAAACUCGGAGCUUAUCAUCAUAGUUCUGUCCUGCGUUCAACUAUUUCUGGGCUCAUGGUACUAUAUAGUGGACGACGAGUCGUACAUAAACAUUCUGAACAAGGGAAUAAAGGUGUUGCAGUGCCAAGUGAUCUCAUGGUCGUGUAUGUACGUUCUGAUGAAGUCGAAGAGAACCUAUUACAUGUCAUUCAAGUUGUUCUCCGGCAUCUUUACGACGCUGCUGGUGGCGUUGCUUUUCUACGCGCUGUCGAGCGGAGAAGUCCCCUUUUACCUCAGAAUUAACAUAUACGUGUCGUUCCUGUGGCUGGCCAUGUCGUCAAUCAUCCUCGCCAUCGCAGUCAUAAUCAGACGGAGGCUCAAGUUCGCAAUGCUCUUCAAGUUCGACGUGGAGGAGGUCAUCGACGUAGAGAUACAGAAGUUGGACAACGAAAUGGUGGACACGUUUACGAACUCUAAGUUCUCGCAGUUCUUUCUGCUGUCGUCAAUGGAGUUUGGAACAUCCCUAGUUACAUGGUUGUGGGACGUGAUAAUAUACUUUACCGUCAAAAAGAAUGAAGCGAUGAAUAUCUACGAGUUAAACAUGCCAAUGUUCAAAGAGUUCCUGCACAUAAUAACGAACUCACUGUUGAUUUUAAUACCGAACUGGACAAUCUUUUUCGUGUUCUACUGGUAA